GUGUGUGUGUGUGUGUGUGUGUGUGUGUAGAUCCCAGUGCUAGCCGGUCCUCCUCAGAGGAGAGGAUCAACCAUGAAACAUCGGAUCUAGAGAGAAGACUCAGCAUGCUGUCUCACAGCAGUAGACAGAGCAGUACAGCCUCCACCUCCAGUUACAGCACCUCCAUUGCCGGGGACGACCGCAGCAGUAUCUCUUCCUCUUCCUCCAGCCAAUCAGACGCCAGCUACGGAAGCCACUUCCCUUUAUGGCCAGGGCCAAAACGCCCCACUUCCUCAACCGAGACCCUGUCGGCCCCUCCCACUGCGAGGUCCUCGACCAAUCUGGACGAGGAUCUCUAUAACGCUGUCAUGAACCGCACUCCUUUCAAACCGCCUUCCCACCUUCGCAGUCUCCACGACAGCGGGCGCCAAAGCUCGUUGGACAGCGGGAUAGGCGUCGCCACGACCAGCAGCCAAUCGUCUUACUCUGGGAGCUUCUCUUCCUGUACGGGCAGCCUGGACACAGCCAGUCAAGGAGGAGGGGAGGAGUUUGGGUCUGUCCUUAGUCUACCUCCCCCUCUUCUCUCUCUGCCUCCUCUUUCUCUACCUCCCCCUCCUCCCUCUCUACCUCCUCCUCCUCCACCCAGUCUACCUCCUCCACCUCCUCCUCUGUCCUUAAGGACCCCUGAGCCCGGCCCUCUCUCCCCCCCUACUCCCGGCUCCUGCCUCCCGUCUUGCUCCUCCUCCUCCAGGACUAGUGGUUGUAGCUCUGGCGCCCCGUGGUGUCAGAGUGAGGAGUACCAGGCACCCAGCCUUCUCAGACUACAGUAUGACAGCCCCAGGAACCUCCUGCACACCCUGGCCUUCAAGGAUCCUCCACCCCAGGGAGGAGCACCCGAACUGGGCAGGGACAGGCGGCUCGGUGGGGAAGGACAGAUCCAGGGGCAUGAGUGUCCUUCCCUUCCUUCCACACCCACUGAGGCCUCUCCCCAGUGGGUAGAGACCCUGAGGCAGGCCCCCGUAGAAAGUCCCCUGUGCUGGAGCAGUGAGAGGGCGCCCCCUGUGGACAGUGGUGAUCGGUGCAGCAUCAUGUCCGCUCGGCUCACACCCAGACCUCUGCUGUUACCUGGCUGUCCAGUGUGUGGAGGAACGCAGAGUCAUCAUCCCUGUGUAGAUCACAACUACAUUACCCAUGAGCAAUGGUUCUCAGCUAGAAAGAGACAUGUUACGCAGACAAACAGCCCUUCACAUUCAGGGCUUUCCCCAACACCAGGGAGAAUCUUUAAGUUUCCUCCGGAUGCUUCUGCCAUGAUGAUGUCAUCAGUCCUGGACAGGCGUCACCACGCCGACCCCAGUGUGAACUACGUCAACAUCCCCGUUAGCCCUGCGGCUAAAGCUAACAGAGCUGGCAGAGAGCUGCUGUACAUGGAGCUGGAUCUACAGCCAGAGCCCUACGGUGGGCCAGUUUCCACCAACAUCACUACAGCGAGGGGUAACCCUGUGCAGCUGCGCAGACCCAUAGGGGGCUCCACCACAUACGCCCGCAUAGACAUCACAGCCUCAGAGACGGCUCAGAGAGUAGCAGCAGAACACGCCCAGGGGAGAGAGGACAGGCUGAUGGAGCUGGAGGAGAACACGCCCAGGGGAGAGAGGACAGGCUGAUGGAGCUGGAGGAGAACACGCCCAGGGGAGAGAGGACAGGCUGAUGGAGCUGGAGGAGAACACGCCCAGGGGAGAGAGGACAGGCUGAUGGAGCUGGAGGAGAACACGCCCAGGGGAGAAAGAGGACAGAAAGAAGAGGCACCCUGCAGUCUCUCUCUCUCUCACUCACACACAUCUACCUGAAAUGAUUUGAGUGUUUUCUUGUAAAUAGUAACUGCUUUGUUUGCCAAGAGAUUAUUUAUUAACUUGUUUUAUAUUUAGCCACCCUCUGCCUUGAUGACAGCUUUGCAAACUCUUGGCAUUCUCUCAACCAGCUUCAUCUGGAAUGCUUUUCCAACUGUCUUGAAGGAGUUCCCACAUAUGCUGAGCACUUGUUGGCUGCUUUUCCUUCACUCUGCGGUCCAACUCAUCCCAAACCAUCUCAUUUAUGUUGAGAUCAGUUGAUUGUGGAGGCCAGGUCAUCUGAUGCAGCACUCCAUCACUCUCCUUCUCGGUCAAAUAGCCCUUACACAGCCUGAAGCUGUGUUGGGUCAUUGUCCUGUUGAAAAACAAAUGAUAGUCCCACUAAGCGCAAACCUGAUGGGAUGGCGUAUCACUGCAGAAUGCUGUGGUAGUCAUGCUGGGUAAGUGUGCCUUGAAUUCUAAAUAAAUCAGUGUUUCCAGCAAAGCACCAUCACACCACCUCCUCCUCCAUGCUUCACGGUGGGAACCACACAUGCAGAGAAACAAAAAUCUAAAAUUUGGACUCAUCAGACCAAAGGACAUAUUUACCCCGGUCUAAUGUCCAUUGCUCGUGGUUCUUGGCCCAAGCCAGUCUCUUCUUAUUAUUGUUGUCCUUUAGUAGUGGUUUCUUUGCAGCAAUUCGACCAUGAAGUCCUGAUUCACACAGUCUCCUCUGAACAGUUGAUGUUGAGAUGUGUCUGUUACUUGAACUCUGUGAAGCAUUUAUUUGGGCUGCAAUUUCUGAGGCUGGUAAGUCUAACUUAGCAGCAGAAGUAACUCUGGGUCUUCCUUUCCUGUGGCGGUCCUCAUGAGAGCCAGUUUCAUAAUAGCGCUUGAUGGUUUGUAAGACUGCACUUGAAGAAAGUUUCAAAGUUCUUGAAAUGUUACGUAUUGACUGACCUUCAUGUCUUUUAAAGUAAUGAUGGACUGUUGUUUCUCUUUGCUUAUUUGAGCUGUACUUGACAUAUGGACUUGGUAUUUUACCAAAUAGGGCUAACUUCUGUAUAUCACCCCUACCUUGUCACAGCACCACUGAUUGGCUCAAACGCAUUAAGGAAAGAAAUUAACAAGGUACACCUGUUCAUUGAAAUGCAUUCCAGGUGACUUGAAUCAUGAAUCUGGUUGAGAGAAUGCCAAGAGUGUGCAAAGGGUGGCUUCUUUGUAGAAUCUCAAAUAUAAAAUAAAUUGAUUUGUUUAACACUUUUUUGGUUACUACAUGAUUCCAUAUGUGUUACUUCACCGUUUUGAUGUCUUCAAUAUUAUUCUACAAUGUAAAAAAUAAAGU